GGUGAACCUGUUGAACGAGAAAGAGUUCCAGUUUCGAAAACUGUCAAUCGAAAUUUCUGUCAAUAACUGUAGGAUUUUUGUUGGAGGGGUUCCAACGAAAAAAACUAGAGACGAGGUUUGGAUGGAACUCAAAAGGUGCGGUAUACGGGAUAUUAUUGACGUCAUCAUGUAUAGGAGUUACACGGAUAGAGCAGUAAAUAGGGGGUUUGUAUUUGUGGAAUUUCGAUCCCAUGAUGAAGCUGCGCAUUUUAGAGCAAAAUAUCAUGAAAAUUUGAGAUUAUUUGGGAAGCAUGUUGUGGUUGAUUGGUCGGUGCCCAUUCCUGAGGUGGAUCCGGAAAUUAUGAGAGAUAUUACUAUAGAGGUCAACAGGUGGACGUAGAAUGGGCGAAGCCACCAAAUAAGUUCACAAGUCCUGAAUACCGUCAACUCAGAGUUGAAUCAAUGUCUACGUCAAGUUCGCGUUCGAGGAACAGUUCACAGUCCUCGACAUUUUCAAGCGUAGCUGGUUCGUCAGCAAAUAAUUCACAUGGAAGUGUGGACUUGGUUAGCACAUCAAGUAGCAGUUGUGGGCCGCAAAUCAUAAAUCUUUCAGAUCUUCAAAAAGAAAUUACUUGCGCCAAAAGGAUAAAUGAGGUGCAAGAUACGCCAUCUCCAACGUGUUCACAAUCGUCAAUACCUUAUACAAACGACAGCUUUUCUUUCAGAACAAAUAUAUCUGCAUCCACGUCACUGGAUAACAGCUUUCGGCAUUUGACCCUUAAUUCUGCCAACGCAGUUGAACAACCUAUAACUGCCCCAAGACUAAAUGUAUUUCAAGAAGGUACAAAAAUACCUCCUCCACUGGACUACAUGGUCAAUGCCUGCAAAAAUAAUAAAAGUCGCAUGCCAUUGGUAUUUGGACAACUCCCUUGUGCUAUGCCAGAAUUUGGCAACUACAGUGCCAACAACAAUUGCCUACACGCACCGAGAUUGUCAGAAUCAGCCUGCUAUCUUUGCAGUUUUCUGACAGAUAAUUAGAUGCAUGGCUGCAGAAGCGACGGGCGUUAAAACGUGCAAGAAAAAACCAAAUAGUACUACUUAUGGAAUUGUUUCUAUUAUGAGAAGAUUACGGAAUCCAUAUCUUUUUUUAGAAUAUUUUAUGGGGUUUUUAUCUAUUUUUAUGUAGCAUUUCAUAAGGAGUUGUUUUAUCAGUUUUUAUAUUUUUUGAA